CUCGUGCCUAAACCCUCAUCACCCUCUGUAAAUCUUGCGUCCCGGGACGCCUCAGACAACUCUCCUCCGUGGCAGGGCGUAAUUGACCGGCGCUGGCCAUUUGUCAUUUCAGGUGGCGAAAUGCAGACUAAGAUCAGGGACUUGCCUCUAGGUGAGGAGCACCCAGAACAGGAGCCUGGACAGACACCGUGCCACCUGGGCGAAGCCAUCACCCAGCUACGAGCCUGUGCAGAAGCUGGAGCGCGGGAGGGCAGCUUACAAAGGAAGCAGAAAAUCACCACCGGGAAGAGGCGGCACGUUUGCCAUGAAUGUGGAAAGAGUUUUGCUCAGAGCUCAGGCCUGACUAAGCACAGGAGAAUCCACACGGGCGAGAAACCCUACGAAUGUGAGGAGUGCGGCAAGUCCUUCAUCGGGAGCUCUGCCCUCAUCAUUCAUCAGAGAGUCCACACUGGUGAGAAACCCUAUGAGUGUGACGAAUGUGGCAAGGUCUUCAGUCACAGCUCAAACCUCAUCAAGCACCAGAGAACUCACACUGGGGAGAAGCCCUACGAGUGUGAGGACUGCGGGAAGGCCUUCAGCCAGAGCUGCAGCCUCCUCGAACAUCACAGAAUCCACACGGGGGAGAAGCCAUAUCAGUGCAACACAUGCGGCAAGGCCUUUAGGCGGAAUUCGCAUCUCCUGAGACAUCGGAGGGUCCACGGUGAUAAGGAUGUUCAGGAUCCGGAACGUGGAGGGACUUGGGAGAAUCAGGGGAGGGUGGAGAGGUCCGAGGGGAGUGUUGAGGCCCUCGUGUCUUACACAUGUGAUGAGUGUGAGAGGAGUUUCACUAGGAGCAGGAGCCUUAUCGAACAUCAGAAAAUCCACACAGGCGAGAAACCCUAUCAGUGUGACGCGUGUGGAAAAGGCUUCGCCCGAACUUCAUACCUUGUUCAGCAUCAGAGAAGCCACGUUGGGAAAAAAAUUCUGUCCCGGUGACACAGGUCUUACAUGCCAGCGUUGGUGCUCAUUCCUC